AAGCCAUGCACCUCUGCGGGGGCAACGAGCUGCUGACCCGGACAGACUUUGAGGAGCAUCAGAGGCAGCUGAAGAAGAAGCAGAAGAACCGGGCAGCGGCCCAGCGAAGCCGGCAGAAGCACACAGACAAGGCAGAUGCCCUGCAUCAGGUGCGGCCAACCCCUUUCCUUGUCUCUGUCUCCACUUACUGGCCCAGCCACCUCUUCUCCACCCCACCUGUGAGCAGAUCACCCCCAAACUCCUGUAUUUUUCUAGGUCACCUGAGUUUGGGAUGAGGAAAGGAUCCUGUGGCUGAGAUUUGGAAAUGUCUGGGUGUUGAGUACAAACCAUGUGCUAGGUACACACCAGGCUCCAGGGACACAAAGGGUUAUCCUCAGCCCAGCCUUGCCCUAAGGUGCCCACAGUCCAGGGGAAGGAAGACAGGAAGUGGAGGCAAACUGGGAGACACCAACACAAUGGCCAGCUGAGGCACUAAUUAAAAUGCAGAUUCUAGGCUGGGCAUAGUGGCUCACACCUGUAAUCCUAGCACUUUGGGAGACUGAGGCUGGAGGAUUGCUUGAGCCCAGGAGUUCAAGACCAGUCUGGGCAAGAUAGCGAGACUCUGUCUCUACAAAAAGGAAAAAAUAGUUGGGUGUGGUGGUGCACACCUGUAGUCCCGGCUACUCAGGAAACUGAGGCAGGAGGAUUGCUUGAGCCCAGGAGUUCAAGGCUGCAGUGAGCCAUGAUUGCACCACUGCAUCCAACCUGGGCAACAGAUUGAGACCCUGUCUAUAGAAAAAAAAAGUGGAUUAAUCCUCCUCUGCCAGGUCCCACCUCAUAAGGCCAAGUGGGGUCCAGGGACCUGCACGGUGAUCUGUGAUUAAUCACCGUGGGGUCAGAGUUCAGGAGGUGACCAAGAUCAUACUGUGGGAACUAUGGUUCAGGGUCAGGAUGGGUGGGGCUUCCAGUCCCAGUUGCAAGUUACUUCCUUUACUGAGCUUCAUGCUCAUCUGAAAAUACCAUAGACGGUGACUUAAAAAACAGACAUUUAUUUCUCCCAGUUCUGGAGGCUGGGAAGGCCAAGAUCAAGGCACCAGCCAAUUCAGAUCAGUUGAGGGUGCUCUUCCUGACUCGUAAGCGGCUGCCUUCUCUCUGCUUGCUCAUGGUCUCUCAGUGUACGGGAGAGGACAGAGUGAUCUCUUUCCCUUCCUCUCCUUUUUGGUGUUUUUUGUUGUUGCUGUUGUUUUGUUUUUGACAGAGUUUUGCUCUUGUUGCCCAGGCUGGAGUACAAUGGCACCAUCUCGGCUCACCACAACCUCCACCUCCUAGGUUUAAGCCAUUCUCCUGCUUCAGCCUCCCAAGUAGCUGGGAUUACAGGCAUAUGCCACCAUGCCCAGCUAAUUAUUGUAUUUUUAGUAGAGACAGGGUUUCUCCAUGUCGGUCAGGCUGGUUUCAAACUCCCGACCACCCACCUUGGCUUCCCAAACUGCUGCGAUUACAGUGUGAGCCACUGCUCCCUUCUUUUUUUUUUUUAAUUGAGACAGAGUCUCACGCUGUCACCCAGACUGAAGUGCAAUGGCCCUAUCUUAGCUCACUGCAACCUCUGCCUCCGGGAUUCAAGCAAUUCUCCUGCCUCAGCUUCCUGAGUAGCUGGGAUUACAGGCAUGUACCACUAGGCCUGGCUAAUUGUUGUAUUUUUAGUAGAGACGGGGUUUCACCAUGUUGGCCAGGCUGGUCUUGAACUCCUGGCCUGAAGUGAUCUGCCCACCUUGGCCUUCCAAAGUGCUGGGAUUACAGGCAUGAGCCGCCAUACCCGGCCCUCUCCUUUUUAAUUUUUUUAUGCAUUUAUUGUUUAUUUACUUCUUAUUUAUUUUAUUUUAUUUCUUUUAUUUUUAUUUUUUAAUACAGAUGGGGGUCUAGCUAUGUUGCCCAGGUUGGACUUGAACUCCUGGGCUCAAGCAAUCCUUCCAUCUCCACCUCCCAAAGUGCUGGGAUUACAGGCACAAGCCACCAUGCCUGACCCCUUCCUCUUUUUGUGUGUGUGUUUUUGUUUUUGUUUUUGAGAGGGUCUUGCUCUGUUGUCCAGGCGGGAGUGCGGUCCAUGAUCUUGACUCGCUGCAACCUCAGCUUCCCAGGCUCAAGCAAUCCUCCCACAUCAGUCUCCCGAGUAGCUGGGACUAUAAGCACGCACCACCACACUUGGCUAAUUUUUGUAUUUUUUGUGAAGACAGAGUUCCUCCAUGUAGCCCAGGCUGGUCUUGAACUCCUGGACUCAAUUGAUCUACGUACCUCAGCCUCCCAAAGUGCUGGGAUUACAGGCUUCAGCCACCGCUCCCAGCCUCCCUUCCUCUUCUUACAAAGCCACCAACCCUAUCAGAUUAGAACCCUAUCCUCUAUCCUAGGACCUUAUUUUAUCUAAAUUACUUUCUAAGAGCCUUAUCUCUAAUUGUAAGCACACUGGGGGUUAUGGCUUCAACAUAUCAAUUUUGGAGGAAAUGCAGUAGAGUCUAUAGCACAUAGGUAGCGGCAUAAGGGGUGGUCUGAAGAGGAGAUGAGCCAGGCUUGGUGGCUGAUACCUGUAAUCCCAGCACUUUGGAAGGCUGAGGUGGGUGGAUCACUUGAGGCCAGGAGUUGAAGACCAGCCUGGCCAACAUGGUAAAAUCCCAUCUCUACUAAAAAUACAAAAAAUAGCCACACAUGAUAGCUAAUUAAUUAGCCAAUCCCAGUAGCUGGGAUUAUAACGUGUGGUAGCUAAUUAGCCAUGCCAGUAGCUGGGGCAUGAGAAUUGCUUGAAUCUGGAAGGCGGGGGUUGCAGUGAGCUGAGCUUGCGUCACUGCACUUCAGCCUGGGUGACAGAGAUUCUGUCUCAGAAAAAAAAAAAGAAGAUGAAGUAUGAGCUGAUCUUUAAAGAUGAAUGAGUGUUUCCCCAGAGGAUGAAGCAGCAUGAGUUUCUGGAGAAGGACAACCUCACCCUGCGGAAGGAGAUCCGGGCCCUGCAGGCCGAGCUGGCGUGGUGGAGCCACACUCUGCAUGUGCACGAGCGCCUGUGCCCCAUGGAUUGUUCCUCCUGCUCAGCUCCAGGGCUCCCGGGCUGCUGGGACCAGGCUGAGGGGCUCCUGGGUCCCAGCCCACAGGGACACCAUGGCUGCCCGGAGCAGCUGGAGCUGUUCCAGAGCCUGGACUCCUGCUCCCCAGCUCAGCCGCUCUCUCCAGGUCCACAUUCUCAUGAUUCACCCGGCCUCCUCCAGUCCCCUCUGCCUUCACUGUCGCUUAGCACCACGGUGGUUCCCAAACCUCCUGUCCAGCUGUCCCCCAGCCCUCUCCUGUUUUCUUCACACACUGGCUUCAGCCUGCUGAGGUCUUCCUCUAAGCUCAGUGCCCUCCAGCCCAGCCCCACGGCCCAAACUUCCCCUCCACAGCCCCUCGAGCUGGAGCACCCCGCCAAAGGGAAGCUGGGGUCCUCUCCCAACAACUCUUCCUCUGCCCUGGGGCUUGCGUGUUUGCAGAGCAGAGAACGCAAACCUGCUCUCUCAGCAGCCUCUUGGCAAGGGCAGGGUGUCGAUCCCAGCUCUCACCCUCUCCUGGCCUUUCCUCUGCUCUCCUCUGCUCAAGUCCACUUCUAACCUGGUCCUUGGAGCUGGAUUGGCCGCUUCUUUGGGCUCAGGAAGCAGCCUUAACACACAGGCAUCUCCUCCCUUGCUACUGAGGGCUGCCCUGCAUGACUGACCAGCUGGUCCAGGAUUUCACGGUGGAAAGGAAGCCAUCACUGAUGCCUCCCACUGUGACAGACCCUGUCACCGUUAAUAUCUUGUUUCAACUUUACACUUGACCUGAAAAACUGCAAUUAUCACUCCACUUUUUCAGAUGAGGAAACAGGCUCAGGGAAGCCAAAUGACAAAUCCAAGGUCACAAAAUCUUUCCUGGGGCCUGAAGCACCACCCUCUGCUCCUCCUCCUCCUAUCCUGGCACAGGCAGAUUAGGCGCUGAAAUCCUGGAAACUGAGGGCUGAUGUGAGAAGGUUUGUGUGCUGGGAGCAGGAAAGGGCUCUCCCUGCUGCUUUGUGAUUCCAGGGCCAGAGCCCUGCAGUCCCAGCAACCCUGACCCAGCUGGGGCAGGUCCAGAUUGGGCAGAGGCCAAGCAGCAGCUCUGAAGUGGACUUUUGCUUUCCCUUCCCCUAGUAGUGUUUUCAGUGCCAAGAAGCUGAACCUGGCCAGGGGCAAUGGCUCAUGCCUAUAAUCCCAGCACUUUGGGAGGCUGAUGCAGUUGGAUCACCUGAGGUCGGGAGUUUACGACCAGCCUAACCAACAUGGAGAGACCCUGUCUCUACUAAAAAUAUAAAAUUAGCCAGGCGUGCUGGUGAAUGCCUGUAAUCCCAGCUACUAGGGAGGCCGAAGCAGGAGAAUCCCUUGAACCUGGGAGGUGGAGGUUGCAUUGAGCCGAGAUAGUGCCACUGCACUCCAGCCUGGGCAAGAUCGAAACUCUGAUUCAAAAAACAAAGAGCCUGAACCUGUGGGCUGGAGCUGGGGAGAGGCCUAGAACAGGCCCAUCUAGGAUUUCUACAGCCUGGGUACCCAUAGCCACACCAAGGCUUCUGGAAGAUUCUGCAGAGUCAGCUCUCCAGGCUGUUCCCAAAUAGCUCCCUGCCUCCCCACUGCCCCUAAAGCCACAGCAGAAGACCCAUUCAUCUCAUAAACAAAAUGCAAGAGGAAAGAAUAAGGAAGGACCCUGUGCAAUGUUAUUUUCAAGCAGUGAUGGACUUACACCUGACAGCAGGGAGGCUACACCUUUCCUGGUAGCACCCACCGCUGUAUGGCCCCCAGGCCCCCAUUGCCCUCAGACCCCUCCUAAGCAGUUUCCUCAUUGCUCUUUGGCCUGGACUGAUGGCAGGAAGAGCAGGGCCCAGGACCAGGAGGGGGCUCAGUGAUGGUGUCUGCUUCGGGAAGGGGUUUUGUACUCUGACUCCAGGAUAAUCACUCUAAGGGGGGUUGAGGGGAGAAACCCUGGCUCUUCACCCAGGUUUCACACACACGUAAAUGAAACACUAUGUUAGUAUUUAACACAUUCCUGGAUGCUGAGCACAAGCCUUGGCACAUACGUGAUGGCAAAUAAAGUGUUUUGCAAUCUUU